AUGGUUAUUCGAAAUAUUUAAUUUAGAGGCAUAAAUAUGUUAACUUAUAUUGAUAAUUGGUUUGAAAAUGUUUUAUUAUUUCAACCAAUAAAAGAAAUUUAAAAAAACUUACCAUCAGCACAAAAUUUUGCUAAUAAAUUUGGGGGAGCUAUAAUUCUAACUAAAAGUAAUGCUCUAUAAUAAAUUGAUAAUGUUUUAGUUGAUUCAGUUGAAUUGUAUAAAUUUAUAUCAAAUACUAGAUAUAUGAUAACUGAAUGUGAUUAAAAAAAUGUGUUUUUCAUUGUAUGUUUACAAGAAGAGAUUUCUUUAGAAAUAAUAACUAUUAUUAAUAAAGAACUAUAUUCAUCAACUAUUAAAAAUUUUUAAGUAAUCAACUCUAAUAACUUUUAUUAGGUUUAUGGAAGUGUAGUAUAUCCUACAAAGGAAUGGGAACUUUUAGGUAAUUUUUUAGCUGAGGACUCUAAUGAAUGGUAGAUAUUCAAUUUUGAUUAACGAUUUCUUAGAUAUUUAAAAAUACAUAUUAUAGAUUUCCAUACUGCAGAAUUUCAUUGCACUUUAACUCAAAUUAGGUAUAUUUUUUUUGAUAUAUAAAUUAGAGUUUUUGGAUAAACUGUUAUUGGAGAUUUGAUUGAUUCUCACAAGAGAGAAAAGAUAAUUAAACCAGAAAGUAAAAUUGUUAAUUCAACGUAAGAGAAAGAAGAAAUCAAUUUAAAUGAGGUUUCAGAAGAAGAUGAUGGAUCUAUAAAUGAUACAUGUUCUGUUGCUGAUUAUUUUUACAUUAAUCAAAAUGAUAAAAGAAUUGAAAGUAAAUAUAUUAAUGUCUUGCCUUUUGAAUCAAAACAAUCUUUAUUUAAAGUGACUGCUCAAAAUAUUUUAAUAUUGUCUCAUAAUGUAGAAUUGUUUAAAUAUGAAAUUAAUUAAAUUAAAUAAUAGAACUAAAAGGAUUAAAAAGAAUAAGAUGAGAUCAAAUUAUCCUAAUCGUAUUUAUUUUAAUAAAUUUCAGAAUUAAAAUUAAUUAAUCAAAAAUUAGUUGACGAAUUAAAUUAAUUAUAAAAAAAUCUAUUUUUAAGUUUAUUUUGUAUUAUAGCAAUAGCAGCAGUUAUAACAAUAAUUUUAUUAAUACAUUGUUUUUGUAAUUAAGAUAAAUAAUAAUAAAUUAUGUAACAAACAAGAGUAGGUAAAAAAAAUAGCAGUGCAAUAGUUAAAUCAUAACCAUAAUUGUUGAAUAUUUGUGGAAAUGAAAAUUAAAUUACGUAAAAAAGUAAAAUAAAUUAAAUAUAAAACUAAAAAGGUAAAUAAAAAAAAGCAAAUUGA